AUGCCCAGCCUCACAGAACUGAUACAAGUCAUCGCCCCCGACCGUGAAGAAGAACCCGAAGACAUCUUCGCAUCGGCGCCUGGUCUAAUCUUCCCGGACGAUUUGCUGAACCACCACGGCGAUGCCGAGUCCACCAUAGUCUACAAGAGCCGGCGCUUCGGCGAUAUUGAGUUGACAGUAGCGGAUCCACAGGGUGAAGAUGAGAGGCAGUUGUUUAGUCAUUACUUGUGGAAUGCUGGGGUGAAGAUGGCGGAGCUUGUGAGUGGUGCUGAUGAUGCGGGUGAAGCGGAGGGAGAAGAGGGAGGGAAGGGGCGGAAGUGGAGUGUCAAAGGCCAGACAGUGCUUGAGCUUGGAGCAGGUGUUGGUCUGGGAGGCAUAGUCGCUUCACUAGCUGGUGCGAAGGAGGUCGUCAUAUCAGACUACCCAGCACCGGUCGUGCUCGAGAACGCUCGAAAGAAUGCUACUAAGGCUAUACCACAAGAUCUAAGCCAUGUGUACCACAUCGAAGGUCACGAAUGGGGAGACUUCAGCACCUCCUUUGCGGAAUCAAACAAACAGCACUUCACGACGAUUCUCGCAGCAGACUGUCUCUGGAUGCCGCACCAACAUGUCAACCUCAUACACUCAAUGCUACAUUUCCUGACUCUCAACCCAACAGGCCGGAUCUUCGUGCUCGCAGGUUUCCACACUGGACGAGCGAAACUAGCUGCUUUCUUCGAGACGGCUGUAGAGCAGAGUUUGAUGGUGGAAGAGAUUUAUGAGGAGGAUUCUGACGGUGCACGACGAGAGUGGCAACCUGAGCGGGAUGGUGGGCGAGAGGAUCCGACGGGGCGGAAGAGGUGGUUGGUUAUUGCUCGGUUGAAGCGGAACGAGCACGAGGAUGGCUAG